AUGGAGGUAGAUGAGCAGUUUCAGAUUUUAUUCCUCAUCAGUGGUAUCUUCAGAGGUUUAUAUAUGCAAACUGGCGAGAGUAGCGGCGCUUUAAAUUGCAUACUCCGACGGGGUCCUAUUAUGGACAAGUCCGGAACUUACACGCGUCACCGAUCACAAGACCAGGUUUGGGGCCCGCGGACCCACUCUAUCUCCCUAGCUAUUAGAUUCUUCGAUUACGACUCGUACUCGAAGGUUGAGACGGUUGAGACGGUUCGGACAGGCUGUUUAGACAGCGGAACGCUCUCCGAGGAGGUUCAGACGGUUCAGAUGGACGGUUCAGACGGGCAAGGUUCAGACGGUUCAGACAGUUCAGACAGUUCAGACCGCGGAACGCUCUCCGAGGAGGUUCAGGCGGUUCAGACGGACGGUUCAGACAGUUCAGACAGUUCAGACAUGCAAGGUUCAGACGGUUCAGACGGACGGUUCAGACGGGCAAGGUUCAGACGGUUCAGACGGACGGUUCAGACAGGCGAGGUUCAGACGGUUCAGACGGUUCAGACGGGCAAGGUUCAGACGGGCGAGGUUCCGACAGCGGAACGCUCUCCGAGGAGGCUCAGAUGGUUCAGACAGUCGGUUUAA